AUGAACUCGUCUUCAUCAGACUCCACCAAAUACUCAAUUGAAAACGGCGUCUCCAGCAUUAGACACGAGGUCGUGGCCUAUCAUGGCGACGAUACCGAUGAUGCAAAACAACCGGAAGACACCCUCCAUCGAGUGUCAACGCAAAUGCUGACGGCAACCUCGCUUGCGACAAUGAUAGAGAAAGGGAAGCUGUUUUUCCACCCCCAUCUUGGCCCCAUCCGGCGCAAGAUCACCAUGAAAAUCGUCAUAAUGUACGCAAUUAUGGCAGCGUCGAUGCUUGGAAUUUACUCGAUAUAUUGGGGGUCGAUGAUGCAUAAAAUCGACCAUCAGAAGUACUUGAAGAUGUUGGUGAUGAUUGAGGACACCAAAACCAUCGACGGGGUGCCCCCGAUCAUCGGCAACCGACUCAUUCGCGAAGUGGCCACGCCUGAGGCUCGCAAACUAGGUGAUUGGCACAUCUACACCCCAGAAAACAUCACCUCAAUCUGGCCAGAAGGGGCCACCACCGUCGAGGAAGCCAUUGAUAAGAUGGUGCACCAACAACAGUGGUGGGGCGCGUUGCAUGUUAAAAAGGAUGCUACCUAUAACCUUUAUCAGGCAUUGUCUGAAGGCAACACGUCGUAUUCUACCAGCAAAGAGACGUGGGAAAUGGUUUAUGAGUCGGGGCGGGACUUCCAGGCAAUUCCCGCCAUCAUUGUCAAAAAUUGCAAGGCGGUGCAAAACAUGAUCUUGGCCGAUCAGGACUCGUUGACGGGUCGCAUUAUUCAUUACAUGGAGCAGAAUGGCAAAAAUGUUUCGAGGGCGUUGACGGAGGGGUGGCUGUUGAUCAGCCAGCCGUUGACGAUCGUCACUAAGGACUUGCGACCCGUGACUCAACCCACCGUACUUGCGCCGGCACAAGUGGGGUUGAUUUACAUGAUCCUCGUGACGUCAUUCCAGUUCAAUAUCUUCCGCGAUUUGCACAAUCAGGUGGCCGACGCCAAGUUGAAGCAGCGCCACUACUUGGCGUACCGUAUUUUCUGUCUGGUAAUGUCGUACUGGUGGCUAUCGUUGAUUUACUCGCUAGUGUCGCUUGCCUUCCAGCUUGAUUUUACUCGAGCGUUUGGCCGAGCCGGGUUUGUCGUUUACUGGAUGACGAACUGGUUGACGAUGACGGCGGUGGGCACCGUCAACGAGAUCAUGGCGCAUGUGUUUAUCUUGACGUUGCCGACAUUGAUUGGGUUCUGGUUGAAUUUCUGGGUCAUCUCUAACGUUGCUCCCACCUACACGCCGAUGGCGCUCACGGCGUCCUUCUACCGGUAUGGUUAUGCGUGGCCCAUCUACAACUGCUACGAAAUUGUUAAGGUGAUCUUUUUCGACACCUAUAAGGGCCACAUUGGCCGAUGCUACGGGGUGCUUGUGGCGUGGGUGGUGGUGUCGAACACGGUGUUGUACUUCCUCAUCCCCUUCUUUGCCAAAGAGAUGCAGCGCCGAGCCGAGGUGAAAAAGGCCGCCGCGGCAGCGAAGCAAAAAUUGGCAGUUCAAGAAAAAGUGUAG